AACGUGCAUAAUUCCUUCCGCCGUCGUGAAUCUAUCCCCCGACGCCAACCAGUUCGUCCCCCCGUACUUUUUCGUCCACGUCCACCCACGAAUUAAAUCAACAGUGGCGGUCCGGGACGACGCAAAUAUCCGUCGCCGAACGAUGGACGCGUGUGUGUGGUGUUAAUUGUGCUAAAAACUUUUAUGUAACGAACAUUUUGCGACGUUUAAAAAUACCGAAUUUUUCGAAAAAGCGCCGCACAACCGAAUUUCCUGAAAUCCAUCUAUUUUCGUGUGGCGGUUUUUUCGCCCGCCGUAUCCGUGACUCACGUCGCCAACAGAACGAACGGUCAACGUAGAUUUUGAAUGAGCAUUUAAAAAUAAUUUUCCAAUACGUUUUUAUUAUUGUUGCCGUUUUUAUUUCGGCGUGCGGACUUCGUGCCCGCGAAACCGUCCCACGACUGACGUGAAGUCAGUUUCAUUCGGGCCAAUGCAAAUAGUAAUUUUGUACCUGACGAUCCGAACCGAUCCGCGUUGACCAAUGAAAACGCUAAUUUUAACUUCAAAGUUUCUAGGAUGCAUUUUUUGUUCCAAACAAAGUAAAAAAGGCGUAAAAUGCGGGCAAAGUGGUUGCAAGUGUGUGAAACUAUGUCUGUGAACGGUUGUGUUGUUUUAUAGUACUUGUUUAUUGUGGAAACUCUGUUUACUGUCGUUUUUUGAUUGAUGUUGUAACUCGAAAAGUCGCUUGGCCAAAAUGGACGUAGUUAACGCUCAAAUUAAGUCGCAAAGUUCAAUAUGCAGCGAAUCGACAGCGGACGAAGCCCCAUCCCGUACUGCUUCGACCAUAUUGGACCGACGGAUAUGCUUGGUAGGCGAUUUACAAAAUGACGUUCCAUUACGUAGGGCUGCUGACACAUUUGAUGUACCUGUUGUGACAUCCAACGAUGGAAGGGAAUACAUUGAUGGAAGCUUUAGCACGGUGUUCGUCGUCAAGGAAUUCGAAGGCGACAUUUUCACAUAUCUGUCCAGGGCCAAGCAAUGCAUCCUUGGACCACCUGCCCUCCAACAACUUGCCCAACAAGAGAAACCUCUUCCAUGCAACACACGGCCACUUUAUAACCUGGCCAUGAACGGUGUUGUUUUAUGUUUGACUGGAUUUAAAGUUAAAGAUGAAUUGCAAAAAUUAGUUCCUUUAAUUCAUCAUAUGGGAGGUUCAAUACGAAAAGAUGUAUCUGAAAAAGUGACACAUUUAAUUGCAAACGUCGUCGGUGGAGAGAAGUACAUUUACGCCAAAACAUUCAGGGUUCCCACCAUGAAUCGUCAGUGGGUAUACGAUAGUUGGGAGCGGCGUAAUGAUUUAGAUUUUAGAGCCACCCAAGACAAAAUUAUAAAUGAACAUAAACUGAAUGUCUUCCACGGCGUGAAGGUGUGUUUCUUUGGGUUCGCCGGCGAUGAAGAGAGGCACAUGACUGAAGUACUGAUUGAAAAUGGGGGCACUGCAACUACAACAGAUGAUCCAAGUUGUACCCAUGUGGUAAUGGAACAGUCAGAAGUCUUCACACUGGAGCCAACCAGUGGACCGCUUUCCCCUAAACCCAAACCUCCCGAACCCGUCGCCUCCCCAGUCCCCGUCCAAAAUACCCGCACCCCCAGUCAGUUGAAUAGCUGUUGCAUUACCGGCAUGUUUUCCAGCAAAACACAAACAAUGUCAUGUCUCGAAACGCUGAAAGAAACGUCGCAAGACGAGCUGUCCAACGGCAUGGACAGCAUGUGUUUCGAACAGUCGUUUGACCUGAACUCCACGCACGCGGGCUACAGAAAACGUAAAUUUCCGUCGCCCGAACAGUCGAGCGUGAACGCAAAACGAAAGCGCGACAAAAGCUACAGCGAGAAACGCAAAAAGGUCACCGAAUUCUUUAAAACACCAAUAAACCUGUUCUCGAACCGACGUCGUACAAUCGACGCCACCAGCUUCAGCCAAAGCAUGAACGACAGCGUUCUCUCGAGCUCGGGCGUGUUCAACGUCGAAACGGUCCAAAACUUGAGCUGUUACAACGACGACACGCCGCGCGGCGUCAAACGACUGAAAAAGAGUCUGUUCAACCGAACGUUCAGCUCGUCGAAAUUUUUACGCAGUUCUAAGAACAAAAAGUGCGAUCUGAACGCCACAAGGUUGUCGUUCGGCGAGGCGGAAGAGCCCGACGGCGCCGACAAGAUUAAUGCCAGCUGUUUCCCUGACUUUUCCCUGAACACGAAUCACCAUCACACCCUCCACGGUCGUCACCCCUCCCAUAGCGAAUCUAACGAAGUUAAAGUAAAGGCCGCCCGAGGGAUCUCUGCAUCAUCGGUUGUGGACGAACAGCAGGGACGGGGCGAGAGGCCGGGCGGAUUCGGCGGUCGCGCCCAUAUCGUCAGGGCCGAGUGGUUCUGGACGUCGGUGCAGAAGGAAUACUGUCUCGAAGAGACGGACUACAUAGUGGACGAACAGAUCGACAAUGUUUUAUCGCCAAAUGCGCGACGUGACUCCAACCUGGCUACGACUCCUGGAAGUCAUAGCCGACGGAAGCGGAAACGGCUGCAGAACGAGAUUCUAUCGUCGUUGGCACACGACCAUCAGUCACCAUCGCUCCAUAAACGACGUUCGUCUAUCAGCGAUGCCGGUCUGCUGUCGUGUUCCGGUUCCUUCCUGGACUUUACCCACAGCCCGGACGCAUCAGGCGCGGCUGGCGCCGAACCGCCCGUCCCCGAAACGCCUAAAAAACAGCUCACCGCCCGUCACCAGGUGUUCCUCGAGCUGGUGCACACGGAGAGGAACUACGUCGGCAUCCUCGAAACCAUCCUCAACUUGUUUAAGAAAGAGCUGGAGGAGAUGCCGGACGACACCGCACUCCUGAACAACACGGAACUGAACCUAAUCUUCGGUAAACUGCCUCUGAUCUACGAGGCCCAUUCGCUAAUGUUCAAGGAGUUCGAGUUUUACCUAAACUCUUGGACGGAGGAGGCCAAGAUCGGCGACACGAUCGUCAAGUUCUCAACGAAUUUGCUGAAGGCUUAUCCGCCGUUCAUCAACAAUUUCGAGGUGAUGAAGGAGACGAUUGACAGCUGCGACAAUCGGUACCCGCGCUUCCACGCUUUCCUCAGAGCGAAGCUGACCAAACCGGAAUGUGGCCGACAGAGCUUGCAGGAAUUAUUGAUCAGGCCCGUUCAGCGACUGGGCAGCAUCAGUUUGUUACUCAAUGACAUUUUAAAGCACACCCCGAAGACAAACCCCGAUCAUGCCUCUCUCGAACAGGCUCUAGCAGCCCUGAGAGAAGUAAUGACUCACAUAAACGAGGACAAACGGAAAGCGGAAUGUCAAGUGAAGAUUUUUACGAUCUUCAACGAAAUCGACAAUUGCCCUCCCGAAAUAGUGUCCUCACACAGAAACUUCGUGGCGAAGACGGAGGUCAUUGUGGUCAGCACGUCCGACGGUCUGGCGAGCAAGGGCAGCAAUCUGGUCCUGUUCCUGUUCUCCGAUCGGCUGGAGGUGUGCAAGAAGAAGUCGAAGGCGUUCAACAGCUUGAAAAGUCCAAGCACAGUGAACAACCUUCCGACCAAAGCUCUCUCCAAGUACAAACAUAUCAAAUUGUUGUCGCUGAACGCGAUCAAACGGGUCCUCGACAUGAGGGAGUCGGACCAUUGCGAGAACGUGUUCGGUCUUGUGUGCAGGCACAACGACGAAGUGAAGGAGCAGCUGUACUCGUUCCGGGUCGUGGUGAACGACGACUCGGACCGGGAGGCGGGCAAGACCGACGACCUCAACUACCUGGACAAGCCUGAUUUCGUGCGGACGCUCACCAGGCAAAUGGCGAACAACGCUUGCACGGCCGAUGCAGACCAGUUUUUGGCCUAUAUCGACCCGCAGCAGCUUGACAUCGACACCACCGACCUGAACAACGGCACGCUCUCGAAGGCGUUCAAGUUCGCGACGAGAACGCGCCUGAAGGUCGGACGUGCCUUCUCGUUCAACAAAACGCCAUCGAAGCUGAAGCGGGCCGUCAGUUCGAUGAUGUCGCCGUUUGGCAGUUCCACCAAUCUGACGCCUGCGUCGCAACUUGCCCAAAUGAAGCUGGCCAGCUAUACGAACAUCAACAUGCGUCGUGAAUCUAAAAUGUUCUAUCUGAUGAACGCUUUGAACCUCUUAUAGCUCUUGCUUCUGCUUUUGUUACUAUUUUUGUUUUCUAAUUUACAUUCAAUGUGAAUAAUUUGGCUUUACUUUAUAUAAAAUUUACGUUUCUAUUUAUAAUUUUAUAAAGAAUAUAUAUUUUUAUUAUGAUUUUCGAUUGUGAUAAGUUAAAUGAGAUUAUUGAAGACAAUGUUGCAUGCUUACUUUAUGGUUUCGAAUAAAUUAAUUUUAAGCUGCAAUGAAUUGUUUUAUUUAACAACCAUCAGUGCCUGUUCAUUUUCCAUUUUUUUCAUCUGUUUUGUCAUACCGUUUUUCGUUUGUGUGUUAACAUUGUCAUGUUUAUCAGAUUCAUAUUUUCAUUCUCAUAUCUAAAUCGUAUCCUAAAUUUCCAACUGUUUUACUGUUUUUCGUUUGUGUGCUCAC